UCAGUACUCGUGAUAAUGUCAAAUUUUCACCUGUCUGACAAGCCUACUAAAAAUUAAAAAAUUGUUUUUGUUGAGAAAUUCAUGAAUUUUCUGUAAAUUCCAUUCAAAAAUGGACGUAUUUAAUAAGCUCUACACUUCAGUUAGUAGUACAGUGUCACAAUUACAAGGUGUUUUACCGGGAAAUCCCGUCACAAGAGAAUUUGAAGUGGUGGAACAUAUCGCUAGUGCUGGGCCAGGCCUUCUGUGGAAGAUCUAUCGGGGCUACAAGAAAUCUACACGACAGGAAGUGGCAAUUUUUGAAUUGGAAAAGCGACAGCUGGAACGAUGGCAAAAGGACGAUCGAGAAGUGAUGAUGGAGACUCUGAAAAGAGGAAUUAGCCAAUUGACCAAGAUUCGGCAUCCUCAGGUGCUCACAGUACAGCACCCACUCGAGGAAAGCCGAGACAGUUUAGCCUUUGCCACAGAACCUGUAUUUGCAUCCUUGGCCAAUGUCCUGGGACAAACUCAUAAUGUUCCCCAACCACUUCCAGUUGCUCUGGCCGGGUUCAAGCUUUUUGACGUUGAAAUAAAAUACGGAAUCAUGCAAUUAGCUGAGGGUCUGGCAUUUCUGCAUUCUGAUGUAAAACUACUUCAUCGAAAUAUCUGCCCAGAAUCCAUAAUUGUCAAUCAGCAGGGAGCUUGGAAGAUUUUCGGUUUUGACUUUUGUAUCCUCAAUCAAACGCCCCAUGAGGCAAAACCCUUUUGGCCAUAUCAAGAGUACAACUCCACCUGGCACGUUCUGACACAGCCAAUGUUGGAGUAUAUGGCUCCAGAGAAUGCACUGAUAUCUGCCCAUUCUUCAGCCAGUGAUAUCUUUUCGCUGGGCAUGCUCAUAUACACAAUUCACUCUGUCAGUGGAAAACCUAUGAGGACAUUUGGAAAAGACUGGGGAGCAUUUAAGCGAUUCGCUGGAGAACUUAAACAGGGAAGGUAUCCAAGUUUAUCCCACAUUCCAGACGCCUUUGUCGAGUAUGUGCGUUUGAUGCUGAAUGCCACUCCCGAAAUGCGUCCGGAAAUUCACGAUAUGAGCAAAGUAGCCUACUUUGAUGAUGUCGGUGUUAAAACACUGAGCUACUUGGAUGCCCUAUUCCAAUGGGAUAAUCUACAAAAAUCCAAAUUCUACAAAGGUCUCCCACAGAUAAUCUCCAAAUUGCCUCAUCGCAUUAAUAUGCAGAGAAUCCUUCCGUGUCUCAUCAAAGAAUUCAUCAAUGCUCCAAUGGUACCCUUUGUCCUGCCAAAUGUCCUGUUAAUUGCUGAAAAUUGUACAGAAAAGGAGUAUAAGAGGCACAUAUUGCCACCUCUUAAAGCUGUCAUGAAGAUUCAAGAACCCAUCCAGAUCCUAUUGAUUUUUCUGCAAAAAAUGGACCUUUUGCUGAAACUUACUCCAUCUGAGGAUGUAAAAACCGAUGUUCUGCCCAUGCUCUAUCGUGCCCUUGAGUCAGAUGCCCAGCAGAUUCAAGAACUCUGUCUCUCAGUACUACCCACUUUUGCCUCUCUCGUUGACUAUCCCGCCAUGAAGAAUGCCCUUCUACCGAGAAUCAAGAAACUGUGCAUUGGCACUCCUUACAUGUCCGUGAGGGUGAAUUCUCUUCUCUGCAUUGGCAGACUACUGGAGCACUUGGACAAGUGGCUGGUAUUGGAUGAGAUUAUUCCUUUCCUCGCGCAAAUUCCCUCCAGGGAACCAGCUGUUCUUAUGGGAAUUCUGGGCAUCUACAAAUUAGCACUGACACACAACAAAUUGGGCAUCACAAAGGAUGUAAUGGCUACUAAAGUGAUACCAUUUCUUGUGCCACUUUGUAUUGAAAAUGGCCUGUCCCUCAGUCAAUUCAAUGCUCUUAUAUCCCUUGUGAAGGAUAUGAUUGAUCGAGUUGAACAAGAACAUCGGACGAAACUUGAACAAUUGAAUUCUAUUCAGCAAGAAUCGAAGGCACUCGAUCUUAACUAUGCUAAUGUGACAGGUCCUCUGGUACCGUCUGUACCCUCAAGCAAUAACUCCGAAAUGGACAAAAUGUUCUCGAAUUUGGGUCUUGACUCGUAUCUUAUGAAAUCACCAAGUCAGGAAGUUCCAGCUGCCUCAAAUUCCGUCCCUGUUGUGGAAAUGAAAAGUAGUUCUUCUCUGACAUUGGAGGAUAAACAGAGAAUGGUGAAGCAGCAGGAACAGGUUCAGCGUUUGCAGCGGCAACCAACAUUAGCUCCAGCUCCAACGGCUUCAACACCGGCACCUGUUAAGCCCAAAGAUCUCACAUCUAGCCUCAUUGAGGCCAAUCUCAGUCAAAUACGAACACCGAAUACCCGUGGUAAUGCCAUUAAUAACAAUUCGUCAUUGAGCUGGACUCCAUCAACAACGCAACAACCGACAACAUGGAAUUCUGCAGUGUGGAGUCCAACGUCCGCCAGUGGUCAGCAACAGUGGAAUAACAAUAAAGCCACUCCGGCAAAUUGGUCAGCACUGGACUCUCUACUGCCACAGAAUAAGAGUUCGGGCAAAAUGAGUCUGAAUCAAAUACCAACAAAUCAACCAUUGCUAAUGAGUCAGGGUCAGAGUCAGAGUCAAAAGCAGCCAACAAAUCAGUUGAGUACACAAGAAAUCAUGGAUUUUCUCGGCUAGGAAAAAUGUAUUACGGUGGUUAUCUCUUUCUUAUUCAUUUGUGAUUUAUCUCUUCUUCGUCUACAUUUUUCUGUUUAUUGUGACUAUAUAGGGGAGCUUCUACAGUAACAUGCAUUCCAAUGCAAAUAAGUAAAUGCGCAAUUUGUUAAUUAGUCUAAUUAAUUAUCAGUUUUAAAUUAUAUCAUAACUCAAAAAAUAUAUUAUAGUCAAUUUA